AUGGAACUCAAGGAGAGCGAUGAGCAUCGUCAGAUGAGGCGAGUAGCCUUCGUUGCAGUUGUGGUAUCAACUGCUGCUGUUAUUGCAUCCAUUGUGACUUUGCCGAUGCUAUACAACUACGUACAGUCGUUUCAGAGCCAUUUGAUCAUUGAAACCGAUUACUGCAAGUCACGAGCUCGUGAUAUGUGGCUUGAGAUGACAGCUUUACAAGCCGGCAAGAGAGCUGCCGCUUCAAGAAUGAAAAGAGGAUGGCUUUUUGGUCAGUGGGUACCUGAAAAAGCAAGUAGUGGUGGGUACGGUGGAGACGGAAACACAUAUGUUCCUGCGUCUAGUUAUGCUCCGGCGGUCGUUGCAGAUGUCGAACAAUCUUGUUGUACAUGCAACCAAGUAAGUUGUUUUAAGAAACUCAUUAGAAAUCUAAGGUUAACGUUUGCUUUUAUAGAAAUUUUAUUCUGUUUCAAAUAUUUAACGUUUCAGGGGCCCGCUGGCCCUCCGGGACCAGAUGGUGAGCCUGGAGAAGAUGGUAAAGACGGUGAAGACGGAAGCGAUGGCAGGGAUGGAAAAGAUGCACAA